AUGGCUUACGAUGGUGUAUGGUUCUCCAUGGAAGAGGCUGAGAGGAUCUUCAACAUCUUCCUCUUCAAGAUAUUCCGACGAAAGGGCAAGAAGCCGUCCCCUACCUACGAUUUCAUCGCCGAUUUCAUCACCAAGGAGGUGCUCGGUUGGUUGAUCACUUUCCCCUACGAGUUACUUGCCAAAUACGUGGCUCGAGGUGUGUAUCAUAUCAAUGGUGUGGCAUCUGCUAGUGUGGUUGGAUUAUUGGCCGGUUUGACUCUACCAUCACCGUACAGGGAGUUCGCUUAUGGGGGUGGUUUCACAUCGUGUUCAACCAAUGCAGCAUUCACCGUUCAAUGGGAAGCCUGGAUUUGCUUCGUCUUCAUUACUGUUAAUAACGCCUUUCGACCGAUCCUCAAUGGCUUAGGUGGCAAAUUGGGUAUGACAGUGUAUGUUGCCGGUCAUAUCAGUGCCCUGUUCAUCGUCGCCUUCCAAGGAGGUACUUUCGAGACGACCUGCCUGGACCCCACUGCUCGAUUCGGCACAUGGGUGGAUUUCUGGUUCUACCGUUACAACAAUGGAAGUGUUGUCACCAACGUUUUUGUUGACAUCUCAUACGUCUUGGCCUGUGCUCUUGCUGGGUGCAUCACGUUAUGGUUACACGUUCAUUUUGAUACCAACUCUAACCCCGUGGUUGCCUCGUCCAUCGUGUCGUUGGCGGCUGGUCUCUAUCUUCCCCCCUCGACGAAUCCUCUUAAUUUCUUCAUCUGGACAGGAUCAUUCGUUGGUAUGAGUGCUCCAGCGGCAAAGCCCGGUGCGUACGCUUUGAUACACUUUGACGAUAAACCCCAGGUGUAUUCUGAUAUGGUAUCACUAUUCAUCACUGGUGUUAUUGCUGGACUUGUCCAAAUAGCAAUUUGGUGGACAUCCCCCGGUAUCGGUGGCAAGUUUGGAUUCAUAGCCCAUUGCUCUUGUCUGCCAAUGCAUCUAUUCACCAAGUGGCGUAAUGAGAGGCGCGAGCGUAAGGCCGCGUUGGAGGACAAUGGCCUUCCUGGGAAGAAGGGGAAGAAGGGCAGUUUCAGUGAUGAUGAUGGUAUGUACGAGAUGAAAAAGAAGGGAGUUCUCUCGGAAGAUGCCAUAACGUCCGAGGAUGGAUUCAAGAACGGUGAUGAGCCCGACCCUGAAAGUGAGGACGGUUCGUCAAUGUCAUCGUCAUCGUUCUCUGCGGAGCGUGAGGACCUUGCUGCUGGUGUGUUUGGUACUCCGACGGAGAUGCACACUGUUGAGGAACCUGAAGAGGAAGGGGAUGGUGUGGUGGUACAAACGUUGGAAAGGCCGCCCCGAGGUAGCGGUGACCGAGAUGAUGAUGGAAGAGCUGAUUCGCUAAAAAUGAGAACGACUUCUCAAGUGCAGGCAUAUCUUUAAAACUACUACUACUACUACAUCAUCAUCAUCUUAAUCGACCUGUUAUAUGGUAGAGCCAUGGCUCCUGUAAGUGUUGAUGACGAUGAGAUGAAGGUGUACGGUUUGCGUGUAUGAUCUAGAGGAUUAUCUUUCCACUAUUAUUACUACAUAGUAUUCUAUUUAGCAACUGUCCUCUUCCACGUCAUCCUAACAACAUAUCCAUCACUAUUACACGAUCUUGUAUGCUACUCUCAUUGCCGUUCGGAUUUACAAUUUCGCAGUGAGUAAUUACUACUACAGUUCCUUGAC